UUUUGUUUGAUUCUUGUUCUUUGCAACCAUGGACGACGAUGACUUUAUGGAUGACGACGGUGGCGAAGAGGACUACGGCUUGGAAUACGAGAGCGACGAAGGCUCGGAGCCGGACGUCGACCUUGAGAACCAGUACUACAACUCGAAGGCGUUGAAGGACUCGGAACCCAGGGACGCGCUCGAGUCGUUCGAACAGGUGCUCACGCUGGAGGGCGACACACAGGGCGAGUGGGGCUUCAAGGCGCUCAAGCAGAUGGUCAAGCUGAACUUUCGGCUGGGCAAGCACCAGGCCAUGAUGAAAAAGUACAGACAGCUGCUGACUUACAUCAAGUCGGCCGUGACGCGAAACUACUCGGAGAAGAGCAUCAACUCGAUUCUCGACUACAUUUCCGUCUCCAACCAAAUGGACGUGCUGCAAGAGUUCUACGAGACCACCCUGGAGACACUGCGAGAGGCGCGCAACGACCGUCUCUGGUUCAAGACCAACCUCAAGCUCGGCAAGCUGUACUUUGACCGCGAGGAGUUUGGGCGAUUGACCAAGAUUCUCAAGCAGCUGCACGAGUCGUGCCAGAACGAAGAUGGCUCGGAAGAUCAAAAGAAGGGCACUCAGCUUCUUGAGAUUUACGCCCUCGAAAUCCAAAUGUACACUGCACAGAAGAACACGAAAAAGCUCAAGGCGCUGUACGAGCGCUCGCUCCGCGUCAAGUCCGCCAUCCCUCAUCCGCUCAUCAUGGGCGUCAUCCGCGAGUGUGGUGGCAAGAUGCAUCUCGGCGAAGGCGCUUGGGCUGAGGCCAACCAAGACUUUUUCGAGGCCUUCAAGAACUACGACGAGUCCGGCUCGUCGCGCCGCAUCCAGUGCCUCAAGUACCUCGUGCUGGCCAACAUGCUGAUGCAGUCCGAGAUCAACCCUUUCGACUCGCAAGAAGCCAAGCCCUACAAGAACGAUCCUGAAAUUCUCGCAAUGACAAACCUCGUGUCGGCCUACCAGCGCAACGACAUUGCCGAGUUUGAAAAGAUUCUGCGCGAUAACAAGAAGAACAUUAUGGAUGAUCCAUUCGUUCGUGCCUAUGUUGAGGAUUUGCUCAAAAACAUUCGAACGCAAGUCUUGAUCAAGGUCAUCAAGCCCUACACGCGAAUCGGCCUGCCAUUCAUCUGCUCAGAGUUGAACAUUUCUUUGGCCGAGGUGGAGCACCUGCUCGUCUCGCUCAUUCUCGAUCAGCAAAUCGCUGGCCAUAUCGAUCAGGUCAAUCAGCUGCUCGUGUUGGACCAGCAGUCCCUUCGCCAGGGCACACAAAAGUUUGUGGCGGUCGACAAGUGGGUCCGAAAUCUGACCACGCUUCACUCGUCGCUGAUCGGCAAGGCAUAACGUUUGAGUUGUGCAUGUGUUGGUCGUACUGCCAGUGUUGAUUUUUAUUGCUUUCGUCUGUGAUUUUACCGCUCGUAUCUUGUUCAAAUGCAAGCAACUCGUUGAACAAAAUGG